CCCAGCCCACCACCAGUACCAGCACCCCUCCUCCACUCUGAGCUCAGUCACUCACACACACUCUCUUUUCUCUCUCUUGCUGUGUGUCAGUCCCUCUCUCCCCCUCGACUUCCUCUAAGUGGCCACAGCUCCUCUCUUUUCUCCUGUCCUCUUUACAUCCCUCCACCACUCUCUUUCCUACUCCUGCUGUCGAGAGCAACCCGGCUCUGUCUGUUCGUCUUCACCUCUACAAGUUAAACGGAUCUCAGGCCGCUACUUUCACUAACUUUCCACUGAAGACUUUAUUUUCAUUCUUGACCUUUUUUAUUUUUGGUCCUUCACCCUUCCCCUCUGGAGAGGCCGGUUGGUGUGUGUCUGGCGUGUGUGCAGCAGCGUGUGCAAGGGCUCUGGUGUUGUGCUCUGCCCCAAGAGAGUCCAUAAAGGUUGUGACUGGAGGAGAAAAGUUUUCACCACAAUGAAUGUUCAGCUGCUGCUCCUGUUGGCCCUGGUUGGCCCUUUCUGCGCCUUCACACAUGCAAGCCCCACAGAGAUCCCUCCACAUGAUGAUGAUAUCACUGAGACUGUAGCAGACAUCAUCUCUGAGGCCACCGAGGCUCCAAAAGAGGACCUUACUGUUAUCACUGGUCCUCCUGCAACUGAACCAGCGGCGGCCCCUGAAGAAGUCGCAACAGAAGUGCCUGAAGUUUUCGCAACAGAAGUUGUCACCGAGGCGGCGCUUCCUGCCUUUACUGUCAAUACUGAAGAGGCUGUCGUCGAGACAGAAGCCCCUGCUGCUGCUACUGCAGCAGCACCUGCUGCUACUGCAGCAGCACCAGAACCCCUUUUCACUGACGCUCCUGUAGUGGAGACCAAAGCUCCCAAUGAGUCAGCUGAGGUAGAGGUCCAACCUGAGGUGACGGAAGCCGCCAAGACGGUUGAAGAGGUGGUCGUUGAAGACGACACAGAGGGUCUGUCCUACAGAGGGCCUGAGUUCUGGCCAGGUAGCCGGCAUUGUGAUUGGCGCUCUGUUGGCUGUGGUCAUCCUCAUCGCCGUGGUGAUUGCUGUGGUGAGGAGGAUGGGAAAAUACUCGUCUGCCAAGAGCAAAAAACCUGCGAAAAAAGACAGCGUUAUGGUUUCUCCCUUGAGGAAAAAGUCUGCCAAGCAGCAGGAGCGCUCAAAGUUCUGGAAAUUCUGAACUACUGAAUUGUGACGUCUUUUGCGAUCAUUAAAACAAGCACGAUACCAGAACUAAACUAAUCUAACCAGGACUCUGGACUGUUGCCAAAAAAGAGGGGGAGGGAGGCUUGUGUGUUAAUGUAUAUUCUGUAUGAGUGACAAGACAAGAGGGGUACAAGAGCAAAACAUCCUCACCCCCCCCCCCAAAAUGCAUUUUGUUAUUAAAAAAAGAGGGAAAGAAAGGUAGGGGAUUAUCUGACAUACUGUAUAUGGAUAACAAUUCUCUCCUUUAAAGAAUGACUGAUUUAGAUUUGCAUGGACGUUUGAGAGGACAUAAAAAUUGCAAAAUACUGACAAAACAAAAGGAAAUCAAAUACACAUGAGAGACUGUUACAAAUUCCACAGGAGGAUGUAUAUACACAAUGCAAGGGGUCUACAGUACAUAGUAUACAGCUCAUGAGUUUCUCAUAUGUUGCAGUCAGGGGCGUAGCACAAAACUCUGGACCCUGUACACAGGCAUCCCCUAUGGGCCCCUCCCCGCAUCCACGGCUAUUCAUUCUAGUAUCUUUGUGGGCCCCCCUUCUCAUAUGAGGGCCCUGUAUACUCAGUCCCCUUUUCCCCCCAGUCCAACGCCCCUGGUUGCAGAUGCAUAGGCUAGUGUUUUAUUAUGGAAUACACAGUACAUACAGAAAGCCUUAGGCUAUUGUUGUGGCUAACAGACCUUUAAAGCACCCCUGAGCACCAGUUAAAACAUUUUCUCACGUAGCUAGAAUCCCUGAUAUAUUGGCCAACUGUAUGAAGCACCGUGUGCAGAAGUUGUUUAGACAUAACACACCCAUGAGCUCUGAGGGCUAGCAUGGGGCUUACAGAAAAGAAAAGGCACCCUCAUUUGCAAGAGUAACGUGACAUUCUGCCCACUUUAACACUGACAUAUAAAAACCUAAUACAUAUCUGUGAAAUUUAGCAGAAGGGUUUGUGCCACUGUCUCUGGUAUUCUCUAGGUAGUUAGGGGGAUUUUAACUUUUGAAGUGCAUUAUUAAUGUGAAUUGACUGUACUUUUUAACUGCCACCCAUUCCAAAACAAAACAGCUUCGAUGACUUCUGGCUCGUUCCUUAUGAAGGCUUAAACACAAGCCAGUGGUUAUUAGACAUAGUGAUAGCAUUGUCCUGACAAUUUAUUCAUAGUACUUCUGUUAAUAGUUAGAUUACCAGAACAGCCAUCCGGUCUUUAAAUUGAGCUAACCCCAGAUUGCGUGCACAGGAUGACAUUUUAUAGUUGCACUUAGUUUUAGUGCACAGUGUUAGGCAGUAAUGCCCUAUUUUGUUAUUUUUGCAAUAGUAAGUGUGCUAAAUGGGUGUACAAAUAAUGAAGUCUCAGCUUAGCUCCGCUUGCUUUACAAACUCGUUUAAUAUGUGCACUGAAUGAGUGAUGUAAUGUUUAAUGAAUAGGCUUUAGACACUGCAAAUGUUUGCAACGACAUGUCUUUGUUUCCUCUCCUCUGCUUUGCCACAUAUUAUCAGUUCUUAAUUUGUGCCAUCUGAUUUGUUUGAACCCUUUUAUUUAAUUGCAGUGUUUUUGUUCAUACUGUUUCAAUAAAAAACUGAAAACACUCUGAAA